AUGAAUUACACAAUAAUCGAACAUGAUCGUUCUAUUGACAAUGACUUCAAUGUUAUCUAUGUAAAAAUGCUGACAGGUGAAAUAUUGAUGAUUAAAACUGAAUUAUCUGAAACGAUCGAAAGCAUCAAGAAAAAAAUCAGAGAUAUUAAAAAAUGUUCAACUGAACCAGCAAGACUACUUUUUGCUGGAAAGCAUUUGUUAGAUCAAUACACCCUAAAUGAUUAUCAUGUGCAGGCAGGAGCAAUACUACAUAGUGUUUAUCCCCUUUGUGGAGGCAUGCAAAUCUUUGUCAAAUAUGGUUGGUCGCCAGCUAUUACAUUGGAAGUAAACCCGAGAGAUACUAUCGAACAUGUCAAAACGAAACUACAAGAUGAAGAAGGUAUUCCGGCUGAUCAACAGAGAUUGGUUUGUAAAGGUGAAGAACUUGAAAGUAGUAGAACCUUAUCGGACUAUAAAAUUGAAAAGGAGAGCACCAUGCAUCUCGUGAUCCGACGCUCUGAAGGCAUGCUCAUAUUUUUCAAAACACUGACUGGCACAGUUUUUAUAUAUGAACUGGAGCCGAGUGAUACAGUUGCAUAUAUCAAAGCAAAGAUUGAGCAUGACAUAUCGAUUGCUUUAAGGCAACAAAAAUUGAUAUUGGCCGGUAAAACACUUCACAAUGAUCAAACUUUAUCAUAUUACAAUAUUCAAAAGGGAACCACAAUUUGUUUCGUCAUUGGAGGUGCUGGUUGCGUAUCAUUUCAUGUUAAAUUACCAAGUGGAAGAAAUAUUGAAUUGAUGAUGAGCCCGGGGUUUACUACUAUCGAAGAAGUCAAAUCAAUAAUUGAACGCCAAGAAGGUAUUCCAUUGUACCAGCAGCGAUUGGUAUUUCAAGGGAAAUUACUUGAAAAUCGUCGAAUUGUAUCGGACUACGAUAUAGAUUUCGACAAUACAGUGUUUCUAUUUCAUCUAGGUUCUGGAUCUAUGCAAAUUUUUGUCGAAACACCGACUGUCAAAACUUUGACAUUGCAAGCAGAUCCGAGUGAUACUAUUAAAAGCGUCAAAAGGAACAUUACAGAUAUACAACACAUCAGAGCUGAAGAUCAAAAAUUAGUUUUUGAUGGCAAACAACUUGACGAUGAUAAAACCUUAUUAGACUACCGUAUUAAACAUAAAAGUAAAUUACAUUUGUUUAUCCCUGACGAAGUACAAAUCUAUGUCAAAAGACAGAUUGGAAAAAUAAUUACAUUGACAGUGCGUCCGAGUGACUUCAUCGAAGACGUAAAAAAGAAAAUUAAAAUUGCAGGACAUAAAAAACAUCUGCUUUUUGCUAACAUUGAACUUGAAGAUGAUCGAACCUUGUCAGACUACAAUAUUGGACAUGAAAGCACAUUGGAACUCAUUAUUCCCGAAAUCAUUCAGGUCUAUGUCAAAAAGUUGACUGGAGAAAUUAUUACAUUGGUCGUGCGAUCAAGUGAUACCAUUAAAAAUGUUAAAUUGAAACUUAGUCAACGAGGACACAUUCCAGUCAAUGAACAAAAACUGAUUUUUGCUGGAAGUGAACUUCAAGAUCAGCGGCAGUUAGCAGAACACAACAUUCGACACAAUAGUACGCUAGAACUUUGGCUACGAGAUUAA